UAGAGUCUCUAUCUUGUCUGAUCAUUUGUUUGUCUUAUCAUUAUGAAACUUCAUAAAUGAUCAUAUAAUUCUUGGAAUUCUCGUCUUUAUUGGAAUAUCAAAAUUAUGACAACCAUAACGGAGAAUAGGGACAUUAUGGUUAAAAAAAAUUUAUCGGAAUGGUGGAGCGAAGAAACUGAAUAUAUUUUCCAGAGGAUUGAGAGAUGGGCGGCCUUUGCACGUGGUUACAAUCGUUUUCGAUCGCAGAGGUGGUUCGAGAAUCAGCAAACGAUGCAAGAUAAUUGGAACAUGUCUUCCGAUGAAACUCCGAUAAAAUUCCACAGUCUCAAACAAUCCAGAUGGAAAUUGUCUCCAGAGGAGAUUAAGAUAAACUGCUGCGGUACCUUCAAUUAUCAAUCAAACAGUAAGCUGGACAACAAUUGCUUAGAAAUGCACCAGUAUGACCAUAGCAUCUACUUCAAGACUAUCGGCGAUAUUAGAAGUGACAAAAGACACCAAAUUCAGAAUCAGGACGAUGCAUCUAUUAAUGUCGAGGAGUAAAUUGAGAGGGAUGCAACUAACUCGCUCAUCGAACGGAUUUCUAAUAAAUCAUUCACCAAAAAGAUUAAUAAUGUUUUAGAUACUGUUGCUGAACAGGAUAGAGUGACGCAAAUGACCAAUCGUACAUCUAUCUUUAUCCGAAUCUAAUAGAUUAUCGAAGAAGAGAUGAGUGGCUCUCUAGUUUAGCUGAAGAUAAUUAUGAAGAGAUAAGAGGCACAACAAUAAGAUAUUUUUAGAUAAUUUAGAAGAUAAAAUGGAUAUGAAAGAUUAAGAAGAUAAUUUAAAGAAUCAGGAAAAAGCACGUUCAGGUCGUUUCAAAAAAUUUGCAUGUAUCUUUAUAUAAAGAAUAUAUAGAAUAUUUUAUCAAUCUUUAUUUAAAUCAUGAAUCAUGAAAAAGAAAAUUGAGACAUAAUAUUGGAAUGUCAAAAAUACCUCACGCGAAUAAUUACAGUGAAUAUCGAAGUGAUGACGUAGUCAACUACCGCGUCGCGACACGUGCGUUUAUUU